UCAUUAAGGGAUAAGAACAGAGAAAUUUAUAAUGGAAUUGCCUGCACACCUUCUGAUCACGUGGCUAACUAAGAUGAAGGAAAGUUUCAGAAAUCUGCUAUAAUAAAUUACCACCGCUAACCACCUUUGACGAACGUUAAAGACACUGCUCAUCUCAGGCAGAACAAACUCUUCCGAUUUUCCCUUCUUGGUAACAUAAAAAAAAAAGACACUGGAACGAGAAGAAUGGCCGAGGCUGUUGUUUCUGAGGCUAUUCAAAGAAUUGCUGAUUUGCUCAUACAAGAAGCAGUUUUUCUGCAUGGGGUGCAGGGUGAAGUUGAUCGAUUGCAAGAUGAACUCAAGCGAAUGAAAUGCUUCUUGAAAGAUGCCGACCGUCAUCAUCAUGAAGAUGAGCGAGUGCGCAACUGGGUAGCUGAAAUCAGAGACCUCGCUUAUGAUUCUGAGGAUGUCAUCGAUACCUUUCUUCUUAAAGUUGCAAGGGGUAGAGGAGAAGGUGUACGCGGGUUCAUUAACAAGGCUUUUUUCAUGUUCACUAAGGCUUCCUAUCUCCACAGAAUAGGAACCCAGAUCACAUAUAUCCGAUCUAAGAUGGAAGAUAUAAACAAAAGUAUGCAGACCUACGGCAUCCAACUUGUUGAGGGAGAAGGAACUAAUUAUAAGAGACAACAACGAUACAGAAGACCGGAUCCACAUGCUGAGGAAGAGUAUGUCAUUUGUUUGGAGGCUGUAAUAAGUGAUCUUAAAGCGCGGUUGAUGAUGGAGGAAGAGCAAGUCCGUGUUGUUUCCAUAGUGGGGAUGGGAGGGCUAGGCAAAACCACUCUUGCCAAGAAGAUAUACAAUGACGUUGAUGUGAAGCAAAACUUCGAUUUCCAAUCUUGGAUCUUCAUAUCUCAGCAAUUCUCUGUCAAGGAAGUUGUCGUUCGAAUCCUUAUGGAUGCUGCAUCCAACGAAGAUAAAGCAAAGUUAUUGGAAGAUAUGAAAGGGGGACAACCACUUAAAUCCAAGGUGGGAAAGAUGAAGGAAGAUGAAGAAUUCAAGUGUUUGUUGGAAAGGAUGAAAGAGGAAGAUCUGAUUAGAAGACUUCAUAGUACGUUAAUAGAGAAGCGUUACUUUGUGGUUCUUGAUGAUAUUUGGACAACUGAGGCCUGGGAUUAUUUGAAACCUGCUUUUCCAAAUGGUAAGAGAGGAAGCAAAGUUUUAUUUACCACCCGAAACACGGUGGUCGCUUCUCAUGCUGAUCCACAGAGCUCAGUGGUGGAACCACCACUGUUGAAGGACGACGAAGGCUGGGAACUUCUUAAAAGGAAAACAUUCCCAAAAGAUAUUCUUAUAGAGGAUGGUUGCCCACCAGAAUUUGAGAAAUUAGGAAGGGAAAUGGUGAAAAAAUGCAGAGGAUUGCCAUUAGCAAUUGUUGUACUUGGAGGCCUAUUGGCAACUAAGAAGUCAUUAAAGGAGUGGAAUAGUGUGCAUGAAAAUAUUAUUGCACACUUUAUCAAGUGGGAACAACGACAUCAAUAUGGAGGAGUGUAUGGGAUAUUAGGUUUGAGCUACGACGACUUGCCUUUCCAUUUGAAGCCAUGCUUUCUCUAUCUUUCUCAAUUUCCAGAGGACUGGGAGUUUGGGAAAAGGGAAUUGAUUCGAAUGUGGAUUGCCGAAGGCUUCAUAUUGCAACCAUCAAUAGGUGGAGAAGAAGAGACGAUGGAAGAUGUGGGUGAAGAAUAUUUGGAAGAGCUGACAAGUAGGUGUAUGGUUCAAGUAAGCGAAAGAGAUCACACUGGAAUAGGUGUGAAAAGAUGCAGAGUUCAUGAUCUGAUACACAUACACACACUUCCAUAUUAACAUUUUUAGGAAGGUCCAUCACUGUCCACCUGUGUCUCUAUUCAACCUAUAUCCAUCCUUUGCAUAAGAUUUGUUGAUCAUCUCUCUAUUAUCAUCGAAAAUUUAAAAUCAACACUCAGAUAACACAGUAAAAAUCUGUCAGGAAUUUGCAUUACAACGUGAAAAGAAAAUUUUAAAGUGACAGUAUUGGAGUAGGAUCAGAUGGAUGUGAUCAAUUAUGCAACACAAGAACAAAGGUUGUGAUGUGAAGACGGUAACUUUGGCAUUUUCAGCAACGUGGUCACUCCUCCAUCGAGUCUUCCGAGUCCGUUUCCAAUUCAUCAACCUAUGACCAAAAAGAAAGAUUCUUUUAGUUAAA